CGCAUUACGCACACCGUGGAUGUAUAAAGAGACAGACGCACCCGGAAACACAGUCGAGUACGUUUCUUGGAAACUUUGGUGACAUCGGUCAGUCGCUCUGUUUUUCACACUCGCUACGUCUUUAAGAUUGCCAGGAUGGUUGUGCUUUCCAAAGAGUAUGGAUAUGUGGUGUUGACUGGCGUUGCCAGUAUAGUGAUGGUUACACAUCUGGCCAUUAAAGUUGGCAAAGCCCGCAAGAAGUACAACGUAAACUAUCCUCAGAUGUACAGUGACAACUCAGAAACUGGAAACAUUUUUAACUGCAUCCAGCGUGCACACCAAAACACCCUGGAGGUCCAUCCCACCUUUCUUUUCUGCCUGGCAUUUGGUGGUAUGCAUUGUCCGCGUCUCACCAGUGGACUUGGAGUUGUAUGGAUCAUAAGCAGAGAGGUGUACGCACAUGGGUACUCUACAGGAGAUCCUAAAAAAAGAACGUGGGGAUCGUUUGGGAACGUGGCUCUGCUCGGGAUGAUGCUGACCACCGUCUGCUUCGGCCGCACUCUGCUUGGCUGGACGCGACCACUGAGGAAUCCCUUCUGUAACACUGCUAACUGUUGCUAAUGACAAAGUCUUCAGGGUGGGCUCACCUAGUCAACCACUUUAUAAUCAAAGCAGCUACAUAACCCGUAUACUUUGCAACAUAUACGCUAACCUCUGACCAAUUCAACAUUUGAAGCCAGGUGACAUUCAUGUUGUCAAGUGACCUGACAUUCCUCCUUCAGGCUAAUGGCUGGGGUGUAAUCUACAUGCACGAUCUGUCAGUUUGUCUUGAUGGCGUUUUCACCUGCACCCUGAUUUCUGAAGUAGUUGGCCACAAGACAUAAGAUAUAUUUCAUAUUUUUGAUUUCUUUGUCUUGUAAACAGGGUUUUGGCUGGUCAUAUGAAUAUUAAACAUCAUAUGUUGGUUAUAAAUUAUCUUGUGCUUUUUUUUUUUUUUUUAUUGGGUGUUGAAAGGGCAUUUAUUGAAUGUGAGGUUUUGAUAACUGCAAUGUUUGUUUAAGGGAGCGGCUUUUUUUUAAGCUUAGUAAUUGUUCAAAGUCCACAUUACUUGUUGAGGCAGGUGGAUUUGUAUCUCUGCAGAGCUGUUAGGCUCACAAAAGAAAAUACCCGUCACACAGGCCACAAUGGCACAGCAUAAUGUGGAAGAACUCUUCCACCUGCUGUUGCAGUAAGACCCUAAAGUUGUUGACUACAGUAUCAUGACUUCUGAUUUAUUAUCAAACAGGAAAUCUUAAUAUCAAUAUCUUACAGUACACAUUUCAAUGACAUUAAAUCAUACAUCACUGUUGGCACUUAACAGUAAAACAACUCUGAACACACUACAGGUAAAGAUUGAUACAACAGCUUAGUUCCAGCACAUUUGCAUGAUACUCCAGCUAACAAUCUAAACUGCACCUCUUCUCUACUCAAAGCAUUUGAACAAACACCUUGUGCAGAAAUAAAUACGCAUUUUACAACUCA